AUGAACCUGAAUGUACAAAAGUUAGAAGACGCUACUACGGAGGCAAUGUCGGCUUUCUUCUCGGACAAGGAAAACAAAUUAAACGCGAAGAAGAAGCCAUAUCUGGACGAAAUCUUCAAAGUGGCCAAGGCGGAGGAGCGAUAUAAGAAUGGCGAAAUCGACGCCGAUACGCAGGUGUUUGUGAUGUCUGAGGACAAGUUUCCCGAGAAUUACCCAUCUGAUAACGAAGACAACGGCUUCGUGAAGGAGGAGGACGAGCAUCCCUCCAUCACGUCAAGCGUAUCACCAACGAAGACGGGAGCGCCGCACGAUCUCUUGCACACGUCCAGCGGCGACCACAGUCCUGCGGGGCCUCUGCAUGGUGGCACUUACAUGAGCGAGAUGCCGAUGCGUGGCCAACAGUAUUCAACUCAAAUGCUGUCCUCAAAUAUCCAACCUGAACACCACUUUGUGGAGAGCAACAGUAUCCAUCCGCCCGGCAUGCCACUUCAAGAUCUUGUGCCGGCAUCUCAUGAUCCUCAUCGACGAUCUUCCAUGUACACAUCUCCCACGGAAUACUCCAACGCCGCCUCCGCGGGCAUGUACACGCAAACGUGGCAAGGGGGUACAGCUGCUCCUGGUGGCAACUCAGUCUAUUCCUUUACUCCGCAACAACCCGGACCAGCACAAGGCCACUUCGCGAACCCCAGCGUCCCAAUGGCUCAAAACCAGUACAUGCCGACGCCGUAUGACAACAUGUCGCGGGGUGGUUUCGAUUCUGUGUUUCGACCCGUUUUCCUGGCUACCUACCUACCGAUUCACGAGGGAUUCCUGGCACAGGAGGGAAAGCAGAAUCACUUGCGCGAGGGCAAAUGCAUUGAAUAA